UCUCUCUCGCGCUCUCUUUUUCUCGAUCCAUCUUUACCCUCCCUCCAUCUUCUUCAAAUGCAUCACAGCCUGCUGCCGAGCCCUUGGCCACUGAAACGCUCCGAGCCAUUGUCAUGUGACAUCAGCCUCCAACCACUCUCCAAGGAGCACCGGCAAAAAGAGGGGAGUGUCUCUUUCCCCCCUCUCCUCCCUCCUUUGUCUCCCUCCCUCACACUGAGUCAGACAGCAGGGUUGUGUGUCUGAAGCAAAGGCUCCAUGGAGGGGAGAUAUCGUCUCUACCAGCGACACAUUGCCUGAGAGAGACAGAAGAAAAAAGGAUUCCCUUCUUUCUCUCCCUCGUUGAGGAACAGAGAAUGAAUGGAGAAGCGAUGGACAUGUCCCUGGAGUCAUCAUCCCCGGUGGUGGAGCAAGGCACCAUCGGGGGGGUGUCAGCGGCACCAGAACCGGCAUCCACAGCAGCAGCAGCCGGUAACGGCUCCCUGCCUCCUCCGCCCACCAUGGCCCCGGCCAUCCCGCCCUACGUCACGCUUGGCCUCACCGUGGCCUACACCGUCUUCUACUCUCUCCUCUUUGCCUUCAUCUAUGCCCAGCUGUGGCUGGUGCUCCGAUACCGCCACAAGCGCUUCAGCUACCAGACGGCAUUCCUCUUCCUGUGUCUGCUGUGGGCCGCGUUGCGCGCCCUCCUCUUCUCCUUCUACUUCCGCGACUGCGUCACGGCCAACGCGCUGGGUCCCUUCACCUUCUGGCUGCUCUACUGCUUCCCCGUCUGCCUGCAGUUCUUCACACUGAGCCUCAUGAACCUCUACUGCGCCCAGGUUUACUUCAAGGCAAAGUCCAAGUAUACCCCAGAGCUCCUUAAAUACAAGCUCCCCCUCUAUCUGGUCUUCUUGGCGGUCAGUUUUCUCUUCCUGGUGGUCAACCUGGCCUGUGCCCUGCUGGUUAAGAUGACCGCCACCGAGGUCAAGACCAUUGUCCUGGUCAGAGUCACCAUCAACGAUACGCUCUUCGUGCUCUGUGCCAUCUCGCUGUCCGUCUGCCUUUACAAGGUGGCUAAGAUUUCCCUGGCCAGCAUAUACCUCGAGUCCAAGGGAACGUCGGUGUGUCAGGUGACAUUGAUUGGCAUCCUGGUGGUUCUGCUGUACGCAUCACGGGCCUGCUACAACCUGGUGGUGCUGGCUCUGACUGACAUUGAGACCAUCAACUCUUUCGACUACGACUGGUACAAUGUGUCCGACCAGGCUGACUUGAGAUCCACUCUGGGGGACGCUGGUUACAUCGUGUUCGGGGUGAUCCUCUUUGUCUGGGAACUGCUGCCAACCUCCUUGGUGGUUUUCUUCUUCAGGGUCCGCAGGCUGCCACAGGACAGGAGUGGAUCAGGGAUCCCAAACCACGUGCUCUCUUCCAGAGGUUACUUCUUUGACAACCCCCGUCGGUACGAUAGCGACGAUGACCUGGCGUGGAGCAUCCCUCCUCAGAACAAUUCCGCAAGCCUAGUUACAGACUGCUACGACUGGGGCAGCCGCAACAGCAGUUUCACUGUACAAACGGGGACGGACGAACAACGGUUGGCACCGGUGACGGGAGAGCUCCAUCCAUACUGAGACUUAACAAGUCCAGGGUCGGGGUCAAUUCCAUUUCAAUUAAUUCAAAUCAGGAAGCAAAAAUUCAAAUUCAAAAUGUUCCUAAUUGAAAAGCAAAAAAUUGGUAUUGACCCUAACUCUGAACCAGUCCACACUGCACUGUACAGCACCGCAAUGCACUUUGCAAACUUUGAUACUUCUUGACAGCAUCUGUAUUUUGUCCAUCAUCAGCCACCGUAUUGCAUUAGUAACUUAGUGAUAAUGUAGACCAGUGGUUCCAAAACUAUUUCACUCGGAGCCCCCCUUCCAUCAUUGGGGAACAUCCCGUAAGCUGACAUGGGCUAGUUGAUCUGGACAUUUUUGACAAGUUAUAAAAUAGCUCUAAGGUAUUUAAUGACUGACAAGAGGAAAAAUGAUGAUACACUACCCAAAAUUGUGCCUUGUACAUUCUACUAUAACAACUUUCAAAAGUUGAAAGCCAGACUGACUUCCUUAAAAAAAAAAAAAAAAAAAUUAACUCUGCACCCCCCUAUCGACCACCCCACAGUUUGGGAACCACUGAUUUAGACAUUUUAGAAAGUCAUCUAGAAAACCUGUGAAAUAAACCCAUAUUAUAAGCUAGCACUAAGUCAUGCACAAACAUAUACAUCAAGGUAGUUGACCUUAGACAAUAUCAAUAUCCUAAAGCCUGUAUAGAACAAUGACACAAAUAAACAAAAUCAUGUCAUAUCUAUAUCCGCAGUAAAUGUGACUAUGAACAUGCAUUAAUUUAUUGGUGAUGUGAUGGUGAAAAAGAUGGAUUCUAUAUUUCUAACAGGACGUUUUUUUUUUAUGUAAUGGAGAACGUUUCACUGAUCAGAUGCUCUAUUUUUUUGUCUGCUUUUCUGUCUGUGGAUGUAUCGUGAUCGGUAUUGACUCAUAACCAUGAAUAAAAGGAAAUUUGGGGUGUGAUACUCAA